AGCUAGCUGACUGACCGGCCGGCGGCGAUGAAGACAUACAUGGCUGCCAUCCUGCUGGUGCUUUCCCUCGCCGGUCGCCUCUCCGCCGCCGCCGCCGCCGCCGCCGCCGACAAGGUGGACGCCGUUAUUCGUCUCCCGAGCCCCGGUCCAGGGGUUGCUGGCGCCGGUGAAGCGACGGCGGCCGUGAAGGAUUUUGGGCGGCCGAGCUGCUGUGACCGGGAGCGGUGCGGCGGGACCCUGCGGGUGUGUCACUGCGAUGAUAUGUUCGACCGCAAGUGCCCCGCCACCUGCCUGGAGUGCGUGUCCUUGGGCCCAUCCCACCACUACUGCGGGGACAGUUACAUUGCUGGCCCCGUGCCCAGGUGCACCAAGGUUGGCCGCAACGGCGACAUCUCCGGCGGUAACUAGCGUCGCCGCCGAUGCCCGGCCUUAGCAUUGCACCGGGUGAUGGUGAAUCCAAUGAAGUGAGCCGGCCGGUGGGCGAGUGGACAGAGUGAAUCGCUAUGCCAGCGUUGUUCACCCGUUGUGGUCGCUCUUUCCCACAUUUUUUCUUCCUUUCUUUCUUUCCGGUUGUUGCUGUAACGCUAGUUUAAUUGCACCGAUGAAUAAGAUGAGCUGUGUUGAUCA